UGGGCAGCAGCCACCGGCGGGGAACGCGGCACGAUGCCGGUUAGGUGCCACCAGAGCUCGGUGCUGGCAGGUAGCGCCACUUUAGCGGUCAUGGGGGCAGUGAUGCUGGUCCUUGCAGAGCCCGCCAGCUACGGGAAGCACGUCGAGAUGUCGGUGCGUACCGGCCUGUCUGCCCGCGCCGCCUGGUUCCUGCAGGAACUGCCCUCCUUCGUGGUGCCCGCGGGGAUUCUCGCCCAGCAGUCCCGCUCCCUCUUCGGACCGCCCGAGACGGUGCUUCUGGGUCUCUUCUGCGCGCAUUACUUCCACAGGACAUUUGUUUACUCAUGGCUCACCAGAGGGAGGCCGCUCCCAGUUUUCAUCCUUUUCAAAGGCUUUGUCUUCUGCAUGGGAAAUGGAUUCCUUCAAGGCUACUACCUGAUUUACUGUGCAGAAUACCCUGAUGAGUGGUACACUGACAUACGGUUUAGCUUGGGUGUUUUCUUAUUUAUUUUGGGAAUGGGAAUCAACAUUCAUAGUGACUAUAUAUUGCGCCAGCUCAGGAAGCCUGGAGAAGUCACCUAUAGGAUUCCACAAGGUGGCUUGUUUACAUAUGUUUCUGGAGCCAAUUUCCUUGGUGAGAUCAUUGAAUGGAUCGGCUAUGCCCUGGCCACAUGGUCCCUCCCAGCGCUUGCAUUUGCAUUUUUCACAUUUUGUUUCCUUGGGCUGCGGGCUUUUCACCACCACAGGUACUACCUCAAGAUGUUUGAGGACUACCCCAAAUCUCGGAAAGCACUUAUUCCAUUCAUCUUUUGAAGAAACCAAAUGGAAAUGGAGCAAAGUUCCCAUAAUACUGACACAAACUGUCAAGCUGCUGAAAUUGUAACUUCCAUGGCAUAAUAGUCCAUGAAAUAUCCCAUAUGUGAAUAUAUUAGGUGUCCUUGUGUUCUGCCAGCUGGCCUGGGAAUUCUGAGUAGUGCCUGUGUAGAGUUUACUCCCACCUUUCCAGAGAUCCCUAUCCUGAUCCUAUUGAGCUUUUCCAAAUGGAGACAUUUGCUUCUUAGCUAUUCCUCUUAGAAGGUACAAGACUUCUCCUUGGUUAAUCCAAGUAAAGAUGACUUUGUAUCUACUCUCUAUCAAUGUGGGACAGCUCUGUAAUCAAGACUGUUUUGAAAUAAAGGCAGUGCUUCUAGCACUUAUUAAAGGUACACAUUUUUUACCUAUACAGAGAAGCAGAAAUUUAAACUUUGA